AUGUCGUCCGCCGCCCAGGGGCUCCUGAGCAGCGUCUUCUCCUUCUCGUCGCCCGGCGCCAAAGCCAAUGCCAAGCGGCGGCUGCGGCAAACGAGGAGCCUGGACCCGGCCAUCAUCAGGAACUGCGACAACACCGGGGGUCCCGGCAUCGGGGGUCCCGAUGGCUUACGGGUCGUGCCAACCACCGACUACUUUCCGUCGGACUUAGCAACGACGUCAACGUCGACGUCGUUUUCCCGACGCGGCGCGAAAAACAAGACUUUGACCCUGUUGGACGAGCCCAUCUCGCCGUCGCUGUCCACGCCGUCCAUCCCGUCCGAGGUGUCGCCUUCCUCCUCCGCCGCCCACGCCAGCUUUAGCUUCGACUACGGCGGCGGUGAGUCCCCCCACAACCCGGCCCGGGGGGCGGCGGGCAACAAACGGAAUACCGCCGGGGAUUUACCGGGUCUCGCGAGGUCCGCGGGGUCGUCGCUGAGCGGCAGCACGAGCGCGCUCUUCUCCCCGCGCAGGUGGCUUCAGAGGAAGGCGCCGCAGGCCGACGCGCAGGCGCAUGCCGUGUGGAGGUUCGAGGGGAACGCGUCGCGGCAGGAGGGCAAGCUGCUGGAGGAGUGUGACCUCCUCAUCGAGAUCAUCCAGCAGCGGAGGCAAAUCAUCGGCUCCAAGAUCAAGGAGGGCAAGACGGUGCGCAUGAGGAAGCUGGCCCAGCAGAUCUCCACCUGCCAGCAGUGCAUCGAGCGCUCCUCCUCCCUCAUCACGCAGGCGGACCAGACGCUGAAGGAGACCGACCACGCCCGCUUCCUGCAGAGCGCCAAGGGCAUCACCGAGAGGGUUUCCAUGGCGACGGCGUCCACCCAGGUGCUGAUCCCGGAGAUCAACCUGACGGACAACUUCGACUCGUUCGCCCUGGACUUCACUCGGGAGAAGAAACUUCUGGAGAACCUGGACUACCUGACGGCUCCGACCGCGCCCAACAUCCGGGAGGAGCUGAGCACCGCCUCCUACGACACCAUCAGCGUCCACUGGACCUCUGACGACGAGUUCUCCGUCGUCUCCUACGAGCUCCAGUACACCAUCUUCACCGGGCAGGCCAACAUUGCCAGCUUGUGCGACUCCCUGGACAGCUGGAUGAUCGUGCCCAACAUCAAGCAGAACCACUACACGGUGCACGGCCUGCAGUGCGGCACCAAGUACGUGUUCGUGGUGAGGGCCAUCAACCAGGCGGGCAGCCGCAGCAGUGAGCCGGGGACGCUCAAGACCAACAGCCAGCCCUUCAAGCUGGACCCCAAGUCGGCGCACCGCAAGCUGAAGAUCUCCCACGACAACCUGACGGUGGAACGGGACGAGGCCACGUCCAAGAAGGCCCACAGCCAGGAGCGCUUCACCAGCCACAGCAGCUACGGCGUGGUGGGCAACGUGUACAUCGACAGCGGCCGCCACUACUGGGAGGCGCUGAUAGGGGGCAGCACCUGGUAUGCCGUGGGCAUCGCCUACAAGUCGGCACCCAAGCACGAGUGGAUCGGCAAGAACUCUGCCUCGUGGGUGCUGUGCCGCUGCAACAACUCGUGGGUGGUGCGCCACAACAGCAAGGAGCUGACGGUGGAGCCCUCCCCCCACCUGCGGCGGGUGGGUGUCCUGCUGGACUACGACGCGGGCGACCUGAGCUUCUACGACGCGUUGGGCUCGCAGCACCUGCACACCUUCAACGUGUCCUUCGCCCAGCCCGUGUGCCCCGUGUUCAACGUGUGGAACAAGUGCCUGACGGUGCUGACCGGCCUUCCCAUCCCCGACCACCUGGAGGCGCUAGAGCCCCUCAGCUGA